GCUUGGUCCACCCCUCCCCAGGAUACUGCUGCCGAAGUCCAACCCGUAGCGAAAGCAAAUUCACUCCCCCUCCAAGCAAGCCACUUUUAUACAAGUCUACUUGGCCCUGCUACUGCUUCGUCGAGCCUGCGUCCACACAUCUUCACUGAUUUGGAGUCGCGUUCGUUUCCUAGCACCCAAACCACGUCGAAGCCUAAUAAUAACAAAGGUCUUUGCGGGGAAGCUCUCGACCUGUUCUCUCCUUUCAGUUUCUUUGCACUUAUUGUUGGGCAGCUGUCUCACUUUUUCUGUCUCUCUAUCAUACUCUGAGAGUACUCAAUAAUCAGCUUCCCGCGGGAGUUUUGUACAAGGCCUUUCAAAGGUUGUGUUGUGCUCCUUAGCAUUGCAUAAAUCUCGAGGGCAGACUGAGACCCAAGGUCAAGGCAAAGUGAAAGAUAUAUCCAUUGGCCACCACAAACGGAUCGGCCUGGAAAGACAUGCGCCCAUGUCCACCACAACAUAUUCAGUAACCAUGACAGAGUUGAAGGAGCCGGCGCACACUAGCAUGUGGGCUCCGAACUACGGCAGUCCUGUUCACAUGGCGGCACCCAGCCGGUUUGGACACCACGGCGUCGACUCGAGCAGCAUGCCUAGCCCAGCUGCCGCGCACCUUCAACACCAGGCUCACCACCACCCCGCCGCGCGUCCAAGGAAUCCCAGCGUCGACGGCCAUGGUUACCCAUAUGCCCGCUACUCGCAGGAGGAGGCGGACGCCUACGACAGACAACAGCACCACCAAACCCACCCGCACUCAGCGCACCCGGCUUUGUCGACUCACCACAGCUUUCCCAACCUGAAGAGGCCAUACUCGCACACGGAGCAGCCUUACACAGAGAUGGUCCAGGAUCUCCGGGCGGACGACGGAUCGAAAAUGGGCGGCCACCAGGACCAAAAACUACUUUCCUUCAAGAAGGUACAAGACAAGGUUACAGUUGUCGACGCGCAUGGCCGCAUCCAACAACUGGAAAUGACUGCUCAACUACAUGGCAUGUUUUUCCUGUCUGAGGGGCCUACCAGCUCCCCUGAUGGUACCAUCAUGCAGCCUGAGCUCACUUGCUACCGCCGAAACCUUUUCCAAAUUAGCGGCUCACUCACGACUCCCAAAAGCCAGCUCUCUGUCGUUGUCGAGAAUGGCGAGCCUGUACCCGUCAGCAGCACCGAGGUUACUGUUUCUGCCAUUGAAUCUGUAGAUGGUCACCCUAUCCGCUUGAUCGUCAUUCCCUGGAAGACGCCCCCACCAAACUCGCCCGAGCAGAACCCGGGACCAGACUCAGAGCCGGCUCCUCUUCCGCUCAUUCCUUGCCAGGACGACGGACAUCCGGACUCGGACGCAGAAUUUGCAGUGUACCCGAUUGGCUGGAGGCGACUUCAGUUCAGGGUCGCAACGGCCAACAACGGACGGCGAAAGGAGCUUCAGCAGCACUUUAUUCUACACCUGAAGGUGAUGGGAACGCUCACAAACGGUGACAAGGUGGUAAUGGCCGAGGCCACAACAGCACCUAUAGUGGUUCGUGGUAGGAGUCCACGGAACUUCCAGACACGCAAGGAGAUUCCCCUCCUUGGGUCUAGUGCAGGAUCUCGCGGCCAGGCUCUUGUGGAGACGGGCGUUGGUAUGGUCACAGGAGCCAUGUCCAUCAAGGCGCAAGACAAGUCAAGGUCACUGAACUUGGAUAUGCCACGGUCAGCUUUCACAUUCAGCGCCGGAGGGCCCAAGAUGCCACCCAGCCCAAUGACCAUGCGGUCUAACUCCUACCCAAACUCGUGGAACUCGCCCCAAGUCCAGUCAGCCCCCGGUGGCUACCCGGCGACGUCCAUGUCUGCCGACCCUUACUCUCAGAAGCUCCAGCUCAAUACAUCAAACAGCUAUACCGCUGAGCCCACUGAGCUGACACCGCAAACAUCAAUGCCUGCCAUGCAGAUGCCCCUUGCAGCACCAGCUCACCAGCAACCUCCGAUCCGAACCCAGUACGCAUAUGUGCCCUCGGGAAGCGGACCACCCCCUCAGCUGUCGAUACAAACCACAUCCACAGACGGCCUGAGCGUGCCGCGAUACGUCGACAGCAACCCAAGACCGACCAAGAGCCCGCGCCACGCCAGCCACCAGUCUGUUGGUUCCAUUACCAACACCGAAUCAUCCCCCGAGUACAGAUACGGACCUCCUGCACCGUAUGGCAUGCACAGCGCCGGGAGCGACAUCAGCCCCCACUCGCAACAGCCCUCAACCCCUUACGGCGCCGCACCGCCUGUGUCUUCUGGGCCGUCCAUGGCGCAGAGCACCUCAUCAGCGGCUGUUAACUCGGUGUACACUCCAACGACCGGGCCCCCCAGCACCAGCGGCCAUGGCGAAUCCAACCAGCAAUCUUCCACAGCGAUGAACCCUCCGCCGAGGGACUACUUUCCCUCCUCGAGCUCGUGGACCACCACGGCUGGGGAGGCGUCAUCCUCGACCUCGUACACCAACGGUGGUGAUGCGAACCGGCCGUAUGCGUAUUCAGACUACAACAAGGUCGGCGGCCAGGCACACUCGUCUGUCAAGACGGAAGCUCACCCCCAGCCUCAACCGUCCCCACAACCUCAGUCUCACUACGGCAACACGCCGACUUCCGUGUAUCCUCCACCUUCACACAGGGGAUCUGUUGACGGCAUAAGCCACUACUCGUGGAACGGCACUAACUGAGCAAACAACACAACUUUGAUCUCGAUCACAAACGAUACCUUAAUCUUUUGUCUAUCCGGCAAACUGUACUAUACCCCCUUUUUAUCUUACAUGCCUGCACUGCAUUUUGCUUGCCUUGCAUUGUUUGCGUACACCCUUCGUUUUUAACUCAUACCUGCCGAUAAUAUCGAGCUUGCGAUCAUCCACUUUCACCGACAUACUAUUUUUUCUUCUUCUAGGAACUCAUGAUGGAUUGGAGUUUGGUUUUUUUUUCUCUCUUUUUCUUUUUAAUCGUUUACCCACGCGCUUGGGUUUCCCGGCACCGGAUUUCCUCUUCUUAUAUGCAGCUUUUCGGCUGAACUCCUUUUCAUAUUUUUGAAAUAUAUAUUACGUUUCAAGCUCUGUACCAAAUGACCGCGUGACGAAGGUGGUGGUACUGUUUUUUUU